UCAAUUUCAUGGUGACUGGAGAAGUGUUGACAUAUUUGCGGAAACUUGUUAUAAUUUCCUAUAUACAAAAUAAUACAUAGAAUUAAAGACAUGAUGGGAAUGCUUCGUAGUAACUUCUUAUUGGUGCAACUGGUUGUAGUAUUUGUGAUUUGUAAUAGUUCGUCAUGUUCGGCAUGGGAUUCACCAAAGAUAACCUUGGACGGGUUUGCCCUAGCGGACAGUUUUCUGACGUGGAAUACCAACAUGAGUCUGAUUCCACUGGGGGCAGGGAGUAAUGACACCGUGUUUGUCGUCCCUUCAAGUAUUCGAGGACUUUCUCUCUUGUGCAAUGCGUCCUAUCCAGUCGAAUGGACUUUUCACAGAGAAAAGUGGAAUCAGCGCACCACAUGGCAAACUGUGCUCGUCAAUUCAAGGGGCUCUGAUCCAAAAACAUUAGAACCCUUGUGGUACUCCGUGGAGCUUAGAUUUCUUGGUCACAAUGUAGAAAUUACGGGAAAUUACACGUGCCAAAAGUAUGGUCAAGAUUUGCCUUCAAAGAGCGUUUAUAUUUUCUGGGAAGGUUCGAGUCCUCCAUAUUUGACAAUGCUUGCGGCAGGAACUCACCGCAGGACGAUAACUUACAAUUCGAAUACGUCAAACACUUUUGUAAUUCCAUGUACGGUAUCGCGCCCCGAUAUUGUGGUCCAACUCUACAAAGACAACCAAACGGCAGAUUUGACGAAUAGUGACAACGUCAAGUUUAAUAGUGCAGUCGGAUUUACUCUUGUCAACAUGAAAAAUCCCUUCGGAAUUUAUAAGUGCAUCGUUGGUUUGCCUGAUGAUGAAGAUUCUCUCGAGUUUGAAGUGAAAUCUGGACCAGGAACGCCAACUCCGGAAUUUGAAAAUCAACUCUGGGGCACUGCUUCAUUUACAUUUGACGCCCCGAAACGCCAAUUCGUUUGCUGCUCCAGUAAUAAGAAUAAACCACCAAAAAUUGCACAUUUCUAUUGUAGUCACCCGAUUACGUGUAAACUUCAGAAACAUGCGCUGCAUAAGAUUGAAACUGCAUCACACAAGUCGACCUCAGAAAAUUGUGCGUUUCUUCCCUUGCGAAUGCUUAUGGCAGGAGUACUGCGGUGCAAAGGGGACAGCAUCGACAUUGUUCGUGAGUACUUUUUCCCCAUGAUGCAGCCAUAUCAACGCUUUGGCCAAAGAUCAAACAUAACAGUGACGCCGUAUUCAAGCUGGGCGAUGGCUGACCCUGAGUCAAUGAUGAUUUUGACCAAUAUGACCGAUACUUUUUACGUGGGGGAAACGAGACGCUUUGUUUGUCGAGCGUCAAAGUUUUUCUUUUCCCAAGGUAUUCAUUGGACGCUUUUCUAUGAAAAUGAAACAAUUAAUGUUCAAGGGAAUCAAACUCGAAGAUCAAAGAAUCAUACGUACGGUAUAUUUCAGGAUGGAAAUUAUGCCAUCAUAGAAAUUCAAGCAGAUAUUGGGCUUAAAAAAGUAGUAUGCAAUGCUCCCAUCUGGAACACAACGGGCUGGGCAAAGAAAACGCUACCAUUUACGAUUGCAUACCCCACUGCUCCAAUCCUUAAUGGAUCAAGCAAUGACGAAGAAAUUACUUGGCCUACAAGUUCAAAAAGCCAAUUACUCACGUGCACUUUUAGUGGAACACCCAAACCGCGUGUGACUUGGACAAGAAAUGACAAGGUUAUUCGUGUGGGCGUACGAACAAAUGACAGUAUUUCAUACUUGAACGUCACAAGAUUUGGCUUUCCGCAAGCAACGUUUGCUUGCAACGUGUCCAAUGUGGGAGGAUAUGUGACAAAAUCUUUUAAAGUGACCAUUUCAGAUGGGCUGCCGGUAUGGAAAUCAAUCAUGUAUGUUUUUGGAGCUAUCAUAAUUUGUGUGGCCUUGGUCGGCGGGAGUUUUGCAUUCUGGAAAGUGAAACAGCAGAAAGAAGCAAUACGACGCUUGGCGCAAGUGGCGUUUAAAGAUGUGAAUGCCGUAGCUGCAGCAACUCAACAACCGUCGUCCGUCAUCGCCAACGUGUCAUCUGACGCACAAGGCGAAAAUGGUAACAGCAAUGGAGUGGUCCAUUCAUUUCCAUUCUCGGAAGGAAAUACCGCCCCGGAAUUUGGAAGAUAUCAGAAAAUGUAGAAAGAAAUACUUUCUCCUCAAGAUUUGGCAUUGACGCUCAUAAAAAAUGACAAAUAAUAAAAAUGGCGAAAAGUUA